AAGCCUCUGCCUUCAUUCGCUCGCAGAUUAGAGAGUUACAGUGACCAAAAAGCACCAGGCGUGAAGCAUUCGACACGUGAAUACAUCCCGUCUUGACAUCGCCUGGUGGGCUGCACAUUUGCACAGUCGGCCGCCGCAGCUAGCGUGUUUCCUUCGCUUCGCAUCUCUCUUCUGAAGAUCGAAAACUGCAAAAAUGUCAUCGGGACUGCCAGAGGAGAAUCCCAUCUACGGACCGUUCUUUGGUAUCAUAGGGGCAUCGUCAGCUAUGAUAUUUUCUGCGUUGGGGGCAGCCUAUGGCACCGCCAAGUCAGGCACGGGCAUAGCUUCAAUGGCAGUGAUGCGACCCGAGUUGAUCAUGAAAUCCAUCAUCCCCGUCGUCAUGGCGGGUAUCAUCGCCAUCUACGGGCUAGUCGUAGCCAUCCUGAUCGCCGGACAGAUCAAAGGGCCCAAAGAAUACUCUCUCUACAUGGGCUUCAAGCACAUGGGCGCCGGCCUCACGGUGGGCUUCAGCGGGCUGGCCGCUGGCUUCACCGUGGGCAUCGUGGGCGACGCGGGUGUGCGCGGCACAGCGCAGCAGCCGCGUCUCUUCAUCGGCAUGGUGCUCAUCCUCAUCUUCGCCGAGGUGCUGGGCCUCUACGGGCUAAUCGUCGCCAUCUUCAUGUACGCCAGCUAGCGCACCCACCGUGGCAGCCGCUCGCCCUGUCGACUGAGCAAGAAGUCCUCACAGGGCGUGUUCCCCUUUCCAGAUGAUAGGUAAAGGCCUCGCGGCCUCUUUUGUUGCUCUCUAGAACUGCAGUUCAGUAAAACACAGGACACUCAGGAAAAGGCUAGGAUAUGUGUGUCAGAAGUUUUUCCUCCACUGAAAAACAGGAAGAAGAGAGUUAUCAGGACUGGAUACAAGAGAAGGAAUACGCUGAUUCUGCAUCUCGUGAAUAUCAUUGGCAAAGGAGGGGAAUCUUCUCAGCACAUCACGGUUUUCAAGUUCUUUCUUUGUUUGUCUUUCUUGUAAUCCAACAUGAGGAGGUUCCAAGCUUGAAAAAGAAGCAGGCAUGGAAAUAAUGUAAGAUUUGGUUCUUUGUCUAUAAACUAUCCAACUACUUAAAUAUGAAAUCAUAAACCCUGAAUGGUCAUACAUGAACUGCUGUAUAACAUUCACAGUUUAUGCUUUCGUGUGUCACAAACGGGAAAGAAUACUCACCUACGCCGAUGAGAAAUAUUGUAAACGGUGCUUUUCAUACCCAUAACUUUUGAAUAAAAGUAAUUAAAUUUAA